UGGCAUGGAGACUUAAUACAAAGGUACAUCAAGUUGUAGUUGUGGUUGUUGUUGCUUUGUUGGUAUGGGCGCAUGUGUGUGACAGAAAUUGAUAGGUUCUUCCUACCUCAAGUCAAGGUUAGUCUGGGCACUAGAGUAGGGAUUAGCCUAGAGAGACUGAUGGUUACAACACAGACAGGGUAGAGGCAGGAAAAUGGGGCUAGGGUCUGACCAGAAAAUCCAAGACACUAAAAUUAAGUGAUAGGCAAAGUAAUUAGAUUGGGGAUGUUGAAUAAAGAGAGACAAUUGUGUAAUUGUGGAAAGGGUUCAAAAAAGAGAUUAGAACAUGAGAAAAGGAUCAAUAUCAUAAUAGGCAUGGUAACUAUUGCUUCUCUUUUCAGGUGUGUCCUCAAUCUACCAUGUUAAUUUUCAAUAACACCACAUCGCCCUCCUCAAAUUUCCUCCUCACUGCUUUCCCUGGCUUGGAACGUGGUCAUGUGUGGAUCUCCAUUCCUGUGUGCUGUCUCUACACCAUUGCCCUCUUGGGGAACAGCAUGAUUCUGUUUGUCAUCAUUACUAACAAGAGUCUCCACAAGCCUAUGUACUAUUUCCUCUCGAUGCUGUCAGCUGUUGACCUAUGCUUGACUAUCACAACCCUCCCCACUGUGCUUGGGGUUCUCUGGUUACAUUUCCAGGAGAUCAGCUUUAAAGCCUGCCUCAUUCAAAUGUUCUUUAUACAUACCUUCUCCUUCCUGGAGUCCUCAGUGCUGGUAGCCAUGGCCUUUGACCGCUUCAUGGCCAUCUGUAAUCCACUGAAGUAUGCCACUAUCCUCACAGACAUGAUGACCACGGUGAUUGGGCUGGUCAUCUGCAUCCGGCAAGUAAUUAUCAUGUUUUUCAUGUUUCUAGCUUUGAAGAACAUGUCUUUCCAGGGAGGUCAAGAGCUCUCCCAUCCAUUUUGCUACUUCGCGGACAUAAUCAAAUACGCAUAUUCUAACCCUUGGGUGGCCAGUUUUGGGGGCAUGUUUUUUCAGCUGUAUCUGACUGGCACUGACUUAUUGUUCAUCCUUUUAUCCUAUGUCCUCAUCCUCCGUACUGUUCUGAGCAUCGUGGCACCCAAGAAGCAACAAAAAGCCCUUAGCACUUGUGUCUGUCACAUCUGUGCUGUCACUGUUUUCUACGUGCCAAUGAUCACCCUAUCUAUGGCACAUCGCCUCUACAGCUCUACUCCAAGAGUGCUCUGUGGCAUUUUGGCCAAUGUUUAUCUGCUUGUACCACCUGUACUGAAUCCUGUAAUUUAUAGCUUGAAGACCAAGACAAUCCGCCAGACUAUGCUCCAGCUGUUCCAAUCCAGGGGUUCAAGCAGAUCCAGUGGGAGGGGUCUUAGAGGAAGGUGGGGCUGAAAUGGUGGGGGAUUGUCACAACAUGAAUUAUGUAUAAGUAGGAAAGGUAUUUAGGACAUUGGUAUCCCCAGGCAUUUUGGUUACUUAGGUGAUUCCAACUCAAUUAUUGAAGCAAAGAAAAACAAAUUUCUCUGAGCUUAUCAAAGAGUUCAAGAAUUAAUACAAUUCAAAAUCAAAUUAAUUGUGUAUACGCCCUUCAAAUAUUUUUAAAAAUAAUCACAUGGGCUCCCAUGUACAAUAAAUGCAUAAUAAGACCACUUUAU